AGAGCGGUGCACAUGGAAACACACCGGGGACUCGAGUUGAUGAAUGAAUUAAAUUCAGAUGGAUUAUUGUAAUCAUAUUCAUCUCUAAAUUGGAUAGAAUAAGCUCUUUACUGAGCCUACCAUGCUGAGGUGGUGAGACUGGGUGGUCACAGUGAUAUGGUAAUGUAAAGUGAAUGACGCAGGACACUGACAGUACUGGCCACGACAACAAGAAACAGCAGUGGUUUGCCUGUGAUGAGUGGCGACGGCACUGGUUUGGGGGCCCCUGGCCUGCUAGCAGGGUAUUGGGAAAAAGUCAGUUGAACUCGUAUUGUCUUCCUCUCACUUACUGUCACUUGUGCAAAGCUAUUUUGGGUCUGAGAGAUGCUGUCUGAUUGGGAAGGCAGAAUCCUCUUGUAUCCCAAAUCAAAAUUCAAAAUAGAGAAACUCAACAAAACAAAGAAAUGGAAACUUUGGUUUCAAAAGGCGAAAGGUUUUGAUCUGUUGUUUGGGUGUUUUUGAAGUUUAGAUUGAUUGACAUGCUGCCUGGUACAAUGAAAAACUUAAAAAUGAUUCUCAUAUCAACUGGAUUGAUACUCCACUGUAAUAAAUGAUAUCUUGAGAUACAAAAAACAACAAAUCUAUGAUACUGAGUCCUCUAAUCUGGUACUUCACUGUUCUAUAUGGCAUUGAGAUGCUCUCUGAUUCUAAAUUAUACUGUGUACGAUACUCUGAUGUCACUCAAUUAUAUUUUGACGAUACCAUUAUUGGGAUUUUUCCCCCCGAUGCAUUAAAUGAAAACACAAAGCAGGCUAUACUCUUUGGUCCUUUAAAAACCUGCUGUAUGUAAGAUAGUGUGCUAUAGCUUGGAAAAUAAAUGUGUCUCUGGAUGACAACAUAUCUGUUUACAACAUUAUGGCUGUCUUCCUAAAGAAGUAAAAUCUGCUUUGUUUUUUGUCUUCUGGCUAACAUACUAACGAGUAUCACGAUACUGGUCAUACUCUGUUGUACUCCAUGAUACUGUACAAUAGUCUGUGUAAUUACUGUAUGUGGUCUCUCCGUUGACCAGGUUACCCUCCCCUACUGAUAUCUAUCAGGGGUUUUAACAUGUUUUGUGAUUGGUCCCUGCAGAUCCAGGAACGCUCAGCUUUGUUGGAGACCUGUCCAUGGUGUGCUGCUAAAGGACAGUCUCUGGCCCUGCGCUCCUACAGGAUCAACUUCCAGGAGUUCAUCACUCUCUGCACUGACCCACAGUGCCUGUUUCCCUUGGUCUCUCGUCCUUUGGAGGAUGUCCUGGCCAGCCUCGUACCCCCUCUACCCCAAACUCAGACAGGGAGCAAGAGGAAGAGUCCCUGCGGGUUGGAGAACGGAAACCCUGUACCUUCCCCCAAACAUGCACGAUCAGUGGAGUCAGAAGUGGCCGAGGACGCCGUAUCACCGAGUGGAGCUCUAUCAGUCAGCGGCAUCACUAACAAACUCAAUGGGGAAGAAGAGUGCUUUAAUGGGAAGAAGGAGAGAAUCAGCCAAUCAGAACACACCAACAUGGAUCUGGUGGAUACAACUCUCAAACACACACUUCCUGAGACUGAGAGGGGAGGGGCCAACGGAUACCACAAGGAUUCUGGUUGGUCGAUGCCAGAAGAAAUGGACCAGGAACUCCUAGAAGAGGAACAAGAUGGUCUCUUUCUCCCAGAGGAGGAUACACCUACUUUAGACAAGGGUUUUCCUCUCCAAAAGAAGACGGUACCGGUCUUACAGGUGGCCGUUUCUGUUGUAGAGCCUACUGUAGAGUCUGAAGGUGCACCAAAGGAGGGUCUCUCUACUUUACAGGAGGCUGUAUUUGCCCUAGACAAUACUUUAUCUGCCCCGCAAGUAGCCAUUUCUGUCCCAGAGAAAAUUUCACGUCCUUUACAUGUGGCCGUUUCUGCCUCAACGUCUGCCCCAGAGAAACCCUUGGCCAAGGCUGCCUUAGUGGAGGUUGUCCCUACCUUAGAGGACACGGUCUCUCUCUUCGAGGUUCUGACUGCCCCAGGGGAAGUUACACCAUCACAUCAGAAGGUUCAUCCUCCCUUACAAAGGACUGUGAAGGUUGUGUCUGCGCCAGAGAAGGUUGUGGAGACACCUGACAUGGAAGCUGUCCUGGUGUUGCAGGAGGCUCUGACCAUCUUAGAGGAGGCUUCACCUGGCAUGAAGGAGGGUCUCUCUGUCUUAAAGAAAGAUGAGGAGUGUUUAAUCUCCUUGGAAAAGGAAGAUGAAGUGGCUAUACUUGUGGCUUUGGAGGAUGUCCCUGCCUUAGAAGAGGUUGAGAAGGCUCUACCUGCCUUGGUGGAGGAUGUUCCUGCUUUAGAGAAAGAUGAGGAGGAGGUGGCUACACCUGCCUUGGUGGAUAAUGAGUACGGAGAGGAGGAUUUGCCUGUCUUUGACGAGGAAGAGAAGAAAGAGGAGGAAGAGCGCCCCCCAGAGGUGAUGUGUAGGCCCUGUAGUGUGGACCUCAGUCAGAGCAGAGUGCCUGUUGAAGUUCAUGAUGAUGAUGAUGAUGGUCCUAUCAAAGCUAGAAGAAGAGCUCAGAACGCCCGGCAACUAAUCAGUAGCGAGGAUGAGAUGACCGGCGCAACCAUGGAAACAGAAGGGGAAGGAAGCGUCACGGAGGAAGUGGAAGUUGUGGCAUCACAGCCAAAAAAGAAAAUGGGCCGGCCGAGAAAGACUCCUAUUAUUAAAUACACGCAGGAAGUGGUGCCCAACUUUGACCCGGAAGUGAUCUCGACUGAGGAGUUGGUUCCGGUUCCCGGGCCUCACCUAUUCUGGAGGAAUGAGAAUAGUCUGUGUUGGCUGGACACCUUGCUGGUAGCGCUGGUCCACCUUCACACCCUGAGGGACAGACGACCCACCAAGAGGCCCGCUGGAGGUCAACCUGUCUGGGAUCUGUGUGAGAGGUACAACCAGGCCUGUGGGCUCAUUACAGCCUACCAACACACUGGCGCAGACAGUGUAGUCAGAGUGCCCUCUGCGGUGUUACAGAGGGUCCAAACUGAGAUGCAGGCCAUCAGGAUGUCCAUCUUUAAACUGCUGGAGCCCCUACUGAAAUGUAAACUGGGUCAGCAUGAGACACCGGUGUUCGCCCUGCCCCUCCUCCUCAGGGCUGACUCCUGGGCAGAACCUCUCUUCCAGCAAGCAUAUGAGUGGCAGUUUGAGUGUAUCUCAACAACUUGUCAACAUGCCACCAACACCAAAUGUAAGAAGACCCUCACCACUUUCACCAAGGUGCUUUCCGAUUGGCACCCUCUCAACGCAGCCCACCAAUCACGUUGCAGCAAGUGUAAUAAGAGGAAGCAGACCAGGAUGUUGGUGCUGGAGAGGGUGUCUCCUGUGUUUGUGCUGCACUUUGUAGAAGGUCUUCCUGACAACGACCUCUGUGUGUACUCCUUCACCUUCCAGCAGCAUGAAUACUCCGUCACCACAGUCAUACAGUAUGACCAGCAACUCAAGCACUUUGUCACCUGGAUACGAAGACCUGACGGAUCGUGGUUGGAGUUUGACGAUCUGAAGCACCCUAACUGUGUCUCCCACACCCAGCUGGUGGUCCCUCCUAGAGAAAUCCACGUUGUCUUCUGGGAGUUGAAGACCGACAGACCGGACAACCCACAGACACCUUGCUCUCCCCCUGUAUCCCUGACAAGCACUUUACUGAUACACAAAGAAUUGCAGCAACCUCCCUUAGCCAAACUCUUUGUCAACGAUGAAUCUCAAGACAUCUCUCAGACGGUCUCUAAUGAUGCGGACACUGACAUGGACACCCCCAUAACUGCUGGCUAUAUUGAUAACGAUAUGGACACAACAUUAAGGAAUAACGUUAACUCUCCCAUCGCCAUCGGUUCCACCAGCGUGCUUCAUGGCGUACCGGCUCAGUCCUGUUACCCCAACCUCUCUCUCCCUCUCCUUCACAACGACACAGCCAUUGUCGAGGCACUGGCGGUGUCUGACGAUACCGACAACGACAUCAUGGACACCACGGUAACCACCGGUAACGCUGGUAACUCGUCUAUCAGUAGCACCACACUGCUCGACACCUUCGAGGGCCUCUCCCACGAUGACAUUGUCACCCUGACGCUCGUAGAGGUCAGAGUUGACUCUGAUGGGAGGCCGUUGGACGACAACAAUGUCUCCCUGGCUCCCAGGCAAAAUGGAGACCUCAGUCCUCUUCUACCUGCUCCUACACCUGAGGCCGAGAACCCCGCACCUGCCCAUGAAACGCCCCCUGAAACAGAUGUUGUCAUCAUCAAAAGGCCAUCGUCCCCUGAUACGGCCAGUGGGUUUCUCCUUGACAGCAGUGACGGUCCUUCUGAGCCCGACUCUGAAAAGCCCACUCCUCCUAGUCCUCCCAAGCUCAGAAGGGGCAGAAGCACCAGCAAUAAAGCCAAAAUGAUGGCAUCCAACACUCCAGUUGCACCAGCAGCUAAGGUGGUCACAACAACACCACCAAGAACAGCUACACCAAUGGCACUUCCUGGAAACUGUGGUGGAAUAAUCCUGCCUUCAGUUGUAUCUAUGAUGUCACCAUCAUAUGUGGAACCCAGCACCCUCACAUCAGAGGCCCCUACUCCUCCCUCUCCCCCGCCCCACUCCGAACCCGCUGCUACCUCCAUCUCUUUGCAGAGCAAACCCGGCCUUCCUCCACCCCUGGACCCCAACUCUCGCUGGUCCUACCUGCUUAGCCUCCACCCCACCUCCAUCCCCAAUCCCCCAAGAACCCAGAGUCAUUUCAACCACUCAACACCCAACCGGUUCCAGCAGCUUUCACAGAGCUGGCAGACCCCAAGCAUAGCUCCCCCCAACCCAGACGCCAGGCUGAAGAAGCCUCCGCCUCUACCCAAACCCAAACUAAGUAAGGUGGACAACGAGGCCCUGCCGGUGAAGGCUGCCGAGAUGUACGGAGGGUUCCAGGCCAGAAGCAGGAUCGUAAAUCUUAACAUAAACAGUCCCUCCAAGACUUCACCUCCCACCCAGCUUCUCUCUCAAAGAACUGACCCUCAAAAUGGACCCUGGAAGAUACCAAGUCAACAUGCCGCCCUCGUCUCGCGAAAACCCCUUAUCAACCACACUACUUCAGCAGUGCCUAUUGUGACAUCACUUCCUCCCUCUCAAGGAGUCACGGAGCUCCCUAAAAUCUCUUCCUCCAGGAAACACAGCCCAGGCGGUCAGGUCAGUGAGACCGAUGCCCUCAGGUACAAGCUGCUGAAGAAGCUGAAAGCCAAGAAGAAGAAACUAGAGAAGCUGAAUCAGAUGCUGGGUUACCAGGGGGGUGUGGGAGGACGGGGGGAAGUAACCUGCACACCAGACAUCACUGAUCGGAGUCCCUCCCACACCGUGAGCUCUAGUACCUCUGUCUAUGACAGUCCCGCAUACGACCAGUUCUUUGCCGACCUUCUGUCGCCGGCGACGACCGCCAGCAACCUAUCGCCGGACAGCACGGGCUUCCUGGAGAUGCUGACCACCAAUGGGCAAGAAGGGGGCGGGGACUUGGCGUGUGGGAGGAAUGAUAUUAGUGGAGCCUCAAAGGUGGUGACACCUGUGAUCUUGCCUACGGCCAAUCACGGUGUAGUAGUGUCACAGCCUGGUCUAGCCGAGCCAAUCACGACCUCUGGUGAGAACUUCCUGGAAGAGUUCAUUUCAGGGUCGGCCAAUCAGCAGACGGAGAUGGAGACUGAUACCCUCAGUGCUCUCGACCUGUUCUUUUAAGCUCGUUAACUACAGGUCUAGGAUCUGCUAACAACUCUUACCCAACCCCUAAGCUUAAACGUUAGGGGAAAUGCUAAGCUUACCUCAGAUCAGUGGCUAAGGCUACUUCUCAAAUGGCAUGCUAAUCCCUAUAUAGAGCCUCUGGUCAAAAGUAGCACCAUGGAGAUCCUAUUAAAUUAAACUAUUGUAAUUCCUAAUUAUUAUGAGUAGUGCACUAUAUAGGGAGUAGUGUGCCAUUUUGGACGCAUGCAGACAGUAGGAGAAACUACAUGCUACUAUUCCUUUCAGUCGGGAGAAUAUGUGUGUGUGCUUGGCAUCAAUGGGUUGUUCUGUUCUGGAUAGCAUGUGUUACAUGAAGCGUAAUCAAACGGCCAUUUUAAAGGGAGAGUUCACCUAAAUUACAAAGUGACAUAUUGGUUUUCUUACCCUGGAAGCAGUCUAUGGACAAGGUAUGAUAGCAAUCCAUGCUUUGGUUUAGUUUCCCUGGCACUGUUUCCACGUGCUAACAUUUUAGCAUUUGUGGCACAAAUCCCAUUCAAGUCAUGGGACCGAUAUUGUUUUCUAUGCAUCCUGUUCAAAUCAUAUUUAAGUGACUGUUUAGAUUCACAAUCAAUUUUAGAUCAUUUUGGAUGGUUAGGACAGGAUGCAUGAAAAAUGCUAAUAUCGGUCCCAUGAAUGGGAUUUCUGACACA